ACGUCACCUGAGAGGCGUCCCGAGUCUAUCUCGCAAGCUCUGAAGAACUGAUGGAGUGUGUGCAGGUUCCAUUCGCGUUCUCUUGGGUCUGUUCCGUGCGGCUACCCUGGCGAUGAUAAGCCCCGAGCGCGUCCCUUCGGGCGAGUCGGCCCAGGGCUCCGGGUGGCCCGCGGGGUGAGCAGCCAGGCCCGGCCAGGCCCGCCCUGGCGCCACCGCCGCGCGCCGCCUUAUGACGUCACCACGAAGGCGGGCCCUCCCGAGCCCGGGGAAAGCGUUCGCUCCUCUGAUUGGCUGUAGGCGACGCCUGUUAGGACGUCCAGCCUUCCCCGUGUGAGUACCGGGCGAGGACGUCCCUGCGGGGUGUGAGGCGGGGGCUCCGGACCCUCUCCGGACCCCUCUCCGGCAGGCCGCCCCUUCCACCUGGGCGUCUGCUUAGGUCGCCCCGGGCGGGCGGCUCUCGACCCGGGCGACCGCCCCAGAGCUGCGGAGGCCCGUGCGGGGUAGGUAGGAAGAUGGCGGCGGCGUCGGUCUCCGCGGCUUCGGAUUCCCCGUUCUCGAACAUCAUAGCUCAGCCAUCAAGAUCUAAUGGAAGUGUGGUUCGCCAUUCUUCAUCUCCGUAUGCGCUGUACCCAUCCGAUAAGCCUUUCCUUAACAGCGAUUUGCGACGCUCUCCACAUAAGCCGACACUUGCCUAUCCAGAGAGCAACAGCAGAGCCAUAUUUUCUGCUUUGAAGAAUCUUCAAGAUAAGAUUCGACGCUUAGAGCUUGAAAGGAUUCAGGCAGAAGAAAGUGUGAAAACUUUGUCUAGAGAAACAAUUGAGUAUAAAAAAGUACUGGAUGAACAGAUACAAGAAAGGGAGAAUUCAAAGAAUGAGGAAUCAAAGCACAAUCAAGAGCUGACAUCCCAGUUGUUAGCUGCUGAAAAUAAAUGUAAUCUUUUAGAAAAACAAUUGGAGUACAUGCGGAAUAUGAUUAAGCAUGCAGAAAUGGAGAGGACAUCAGUCUUAGAGAAGCAGGUUUCCCUGGAAAGAGAGCGGCAGCAUGAUCAAACACAGGUUCAGAGCCAGCUUGAAAAACUAGAUCUUCUGGAACAGGAGUAUAACAAACUUACCACGAUGCAGGCCCUUGCUGAGAAAAAAAUGCAAGAGUUAGAAGCAAAACUCCGUGAAGAAGAAGAAGAAAGAAAACGUAUGCAAGCAAAGGCAGCUGAGUUACAGACUGGCCUAGAAACAAAUAGACUGAUCUUUGAAGAUAAGGUAUCUUCAUCUUCACGUGUUCCCAGUACAAGAAAAAUUAAAAAAAAAAAGGCAAAACCAGCAGAUAAGAAAGGUCCUAGGAACUAUUUUGGUACACAACCACAUUAUAGGUUAUGCUUGGGUGAUAUGCCAUUUGUUGCUGGAAAGUCCACUAGUCCUAGCCAUGCUGUGGUAGCCAAUGUUCAGCAUGUCUUGCAUCUAAUGAAGCAGCACAGUAAAGCAUUAUGCAACGAUCGGGUAGUCAACAGUGUUCCUUUGGCAAAGCAAGCAUCUUCAAGGGGUUGUAAGAGUAAGAAGUUGGUAGCACCACCCUCCUCCAGUAGCAUCAAUGAAGAGCUGUCUGAAGUCUUACAGACUCUGCAGGAUGAAUUUGGGCAAAUGAGCUUUGAUCACCAGCAGCUUGCGAAACUCAUCCAGGAGUCACCAACCGUGGAAUUAAAAGACAAUUUAGAGUGUGAACUGGAGGCUCUCGUGGGGAGGAUGGAAGCAAAAGCUAGCCAGAUAACUAAAGUUCGAAAAUAUCAAGUCCAGCUGGAGAAACAGAAGACUGAUAAGCAGAAGAAGGAAUCCAAAGCUAACAAAAAGACUCUCGAAGAAGAAGGAAACAGCAAUAACCGUUCCCCCGGAACCACAGGGACCACAAGUAAGAAGGAUUUUGCCAAACUGAGACCUGGAGAAAAAAGCAGGAAAAAUCUGCAGUUAUUGAAGGACAUGCAAACCAUACAGAAUUCAUUACAAAGCAGCAAUUUGUGUUGGGAUUACUGACUAGUACCAGGUCAUAAAUUUUAUUUGGAUAAUGUGUACCUCAUCAGAUGUUGACAGUUUACUUUCAGGGUUCACACUUGCCUAAUUUGGGAUAUCAGGUAUUAAAGGGGCCCUAGCUUCAUAUGCAGGCUUCUUGUGUGACUCAGCAUUACUGUUAGACUAUUUAAAUGAAGACCAAGGAACUUUGAAAGCUAGGAAAGCCACUGUUUUCUUUGAGAUGAAUUUGCUGUACUGAUAUUUUGCACUUUGUAAACAAAUGACCAAUUUUUUUACUUGUGGGUGUGAUUUUUUAAUGUAGUUCUUUGUACAUAUAAAUUAUGUUUAAAUUUUCAAAACAUGAGGCUGUUUUAUAGGUAGUGUUUCCUUGAAAAGUCUCAUUUUUAAAUCUUCCCCUGGCAUGAAGUACCUACCCACUUUCCAUACUACCUGACUUAGAGGAUUUUUAUAUUUAAAUAUUUACAUAUUUAAAAUGCUUGGUUUGCUUUUUGAUAGCUGAAACAUUAAUCAGUAUUAGAUACACUUGUAUUGCUUUUUAUCCAUGAUUAAGUCCUGAUCAUUUUAAGUCAUUGCCUAUAAAAAUUUAUGUACAGAAUCAUUUUUUAAGUACAAACUUAAUGAAAUGAGAUUUUGAAAUAGAGGGAAGAUGUUAAGCUUCAGCAUUUGCAAUUUUUAGAUAAUUAUCUAUUUGUAAUUAUGCUAUUCAAGGCAUUGUGGCUUUUUAAUCUUAGUGAAUUCCUUGAAUUUUUGGUAUGCACUGUGAACUCCAUACACAGUUGUCAAUUGUGUUAAUAUAUAACUUUGAGUAGAUCAAGAUAUGUUUAUAAAUUUACCAUUGAAGUCAAUAAAGCAGCUUUUUUUAAAAAAAGUAAAUACUGAAACUUUCCUUAACAGCCUAUUUAACAAAGGCUUUAUUGUAAAUUCUCUAGGCUGUUUUUAGGGUACUUACUAUCUUGAUAAGCCUGAGUGUGGUAGUCAGUAAAUUAUGUGCAUUCUUAUUAUGUAGAAGUUAAACAAGCUUGAAUUGCCUGGUGGUGUGUAAUAAGAGACUAAAAGGGCCACAUACUAAAGGAAUUGCUUUGAUGAUUCCUUUUCCUGGAACUAACUUGACUUGGAGGCUAAAGAUUAUAUAAAGGCAGCCAGUAUGAACUGUUCCAGAUUCCGGAAAGUAGGUUUCUCAAGACUCGAAUUAACAAGUUGAAUUAAUAAUUCCUUAGUUAAGAAUUACUAAUUUCAUUUCCUUAGAUUUUAAGAUAUUUGUGAAUCUCCUGAAACCGUAUGUAAACUUUUGCUUGUGUGUGCAGUUUUCUGAUGAGCAGGUUUGCAACACCACUGAAUUGACAAGUGAAACCCAAUGAAGGUGAGAAACUGCUCUGGUGACAUGGUAAAUAUUUCUUAUGUUUGAACCACCACUUCAACCAUUAAACUUCUGUUACUUACUUA